AUGUCAAAGGCUCUGUUCGAGUUUUCUCCUAAUGCCAAUGUUGUUAAAGGCCCUCAUACCCAUGAUUCUCCCAUUGUCAUUCAAGCAAACAAUAGGACAUUCUAUGAUGUUAUCCCAAAAUAUUUUGUGAACUCAGGAAUUAAAGACUUUAUCAACUAUGUCAAAAGCUACUCUCUUCGAUAUGUCUUCUACGAUUUCCCACACAUAUUCUACCCAAAUAAAGUAUGUGAGUUCUAUUAUUCAUGUUCUUUUGAUUCUCGUGCUCAAACCAUUACUGGAACCAUUGGAGAUGAAGAAAAAUGGAAAUCCAUUCAUGAAACAUUAGGGUAUAACUUUGCUCUUCAGGGCAACUCUUGUGAUCCAUCCAAGUAUACUCUUCGUCGGUGUUCUGGUGUAGGGUGGAAGUACCUAUCAGGGUUGAUUGAUUGUAUCACAAGAAACAAGAAUCCAACAUAUGUUCCUUAUCCCUGCUGGCUUGGAUUGACUUUGGCUCGUGAUAAAGAAGGUUAUAAUGUUAAUCAUGGAGACAUUAUUCCAAUCCCAACCCUCUCCUCAAAGAUCAUCAGCGCUGCUCUUUCUGAUGGUGAUAUGCAUAUUACCCAGAGAAUGGAAAACUGGAUUGAAAAUCCCUACACUGUUGAAUCCUAUGACUCUGAAGAAGAGGAUGAUGAUGAAGAUAAUGAAGAAGGAGAUUAUGAUGAAGAAGAAGUUGAUGAUGAAGAAGAUGUUGAAGAUGAACUUGACACUGAUAAGGGAGAAGCCUAUGUUCAUGGAAUGAAUUCUCCACAAAAAUUUAACAAGCACAUUCGAUUCUCAUCUACUUAUUCAUCCACUCCCUCUGCAUAUGAUAUUGUAUAG